GGGGCCGGCGGCGACCGUGCCAUGCGGGCCCCCCCCCCACCGGCGGCGGCGGGGCGGGCGGGCAGCGGCGCCCCAUGCGGCUGGGGCGGCCGGGCGGCGGCUGACACCAUGUGCGCCCGGUGCCCGGGGCGAGGAGCGGGGAGCAGCUAUGUCCCCCCCCGCCCAGCCGGGGGUGCCGGGCGGGCGCGGCUCUAAGGGGCCGCCGGCGCGGAAGCUUCUCUGCAUGUGCAGCCUCUCCCUCUGCCUCACCUACCUGUGCUACAGCCUGAUGGGGGGCACCGGUCCGGCCGCCCUGCGCUCCCCCGCCGCCCUUCCCGGCACGGCGGCCCCGCGUUCUCCCGCUGCUCUUCCCGGUACGGCAGCCCCGCGUUCCCCCGCCGCCCUUCCCGGCACGGCGGCCCCCGGGGCCCCGCGUUCUCCCACCGCCCUUCCCGGCACGGCGGCCCCGCGCUCCCCCGCAAACCUGCCGGGCAGCCCCGGCGACCCGGCCCCCUCCGCCGCUCCGCCGCGGGCCUCCAACGGCAGCGGGGAAGGGGCGGCGGGCGCCUGGCUGCGAUCGCCGCUGGCCCCCGGGGAGGUGAUCACGGCGCAGAGCGGAGCCUUCGAGAGGGACCCGCAGGAGUCGAGCACCACGGACGAGGAGCUGAGCCGGGCCGGCAGCCCGGGCAGCCGCGGCGGCAGCAGCAGCACCACGCCGGACUACGGGGAGAAGCGGCUGCCGCAAGCCCUCAUCAUCGGGGUGAAGAAGGGGGGGACGCGGGCGCUGCUGGAGGCCAUCCGGGCACACCCCGACGUGCGGGCCGUGGGCACCGAGCCCCACUUCUUCGACAGGAACUACGAGAAGGGGCUGGAGUGGUACAGGAACGUGAUGCCCAAGACGCUGGAUGGCCAGAUCACCAUGGAGAAGACCCCCAGCUACUUCGUGACCAAUGAGGCCCCCAGGCGCAUUCACUCCAUGGCCAAGGACACGAAGCUGAUCGUGGUGGUGCGGAACCCGGUCACCAGGGCCAUCUCGGACUACACGCAGACACUCUCCAAGAAGCCGGAGAUCCCCACCUUCGAGGUGCUGGCCUUCAAGAACAGGACUCUGGGGCUGAUUGAUGCCUCUUGGAGUGCAAUCCGCAUUGGGAUUUAUGCCCUGCACUUGGAGAACUGGCUCCAGUACUUCCCCCUCUCCCAGAUCCUGUUUGUCAGUGGCGAGAGGCUCAUCACUGACCCGGCAGGGGAAAUGGCCAAGGUCCAGGACUUCCUAGGCCUCAAGAGGAUUGUGACAGAGAAGCAUUUUUAUUUUAAUAAAACCAAGGGGUUUCCCUGUCUAAAGAAGCCAGAGGACAGCAGUGCUCCCCGGUGCUUGGGCAAGUCCAAGGGUCGAACUCACCCCAAAAUAGACCCAGACGUCAUCCACAGACUGCGGAAAUUUUACAAACCUUUCAAUGUCAUGUUUUACCAAAUGACGGGCCAAGAUUUCCAGUGGGAGCAGGAAGAAAGUGAUAAGUAGAAACACAAGAUCAGGAAAAAACCUUUUUUUUCUUUUUUUGAGAUGCGAGUCAUCAUUUGAGACCCAAAACUCACUCGGGGCCAGAGGCUCAGCCCUGUGCGUACCCAGCUCUUGGCUGCAGCCCGAGUUGCUCCGUGUGUCUGGUUCUGAAACUGUAGUGGCUGUCACCUCGGGCAGCUCUCGGGCUUUCCCCACCACAACCCUGGGGGUCAGGGGCAGGUGGGAGGAGGAGGCAGAGGGAGCAGGGCUCCUUGGGGUGAUGGGGUACUUUGUGUUGACAUUUUGCUGCUGGUGUCCCCCUCGCAGCCAGGCAGGCAGGACCAGACUUCCUGCCCCUGUGAGCUGGGUGGGAGGGCGGCUCCCAAAACCCAGCACUGGGAUAAGUCCAUAUAUUUGAUUUCUCCUGCCCUGGAUUUUAGUUUUUCCCAAACAGCAGCAUCAGGUCUGGUAAAUUCAGGCCGUGUGCACUCAUAUGCACACUGGUCUUAGUGUGUGGAAGGAAUAAAGCCAGUUAUGCUGCAAUGGAACUAUGUACAGGAACUUCAUUUGCACCAGAUGUUUCAAUUACUUGUUGCACUAAAACUAGAAUUUAUCAAGUGCCACAAACACCUGGGCCCAAUUCUCCUCCGACUGAUACAUCUCCACUGUUGGAAGAGAGUUGUUCCUGCUUUGCUGGGAUGCUCAGUGAGGUCAGAACUGGGAUCCCCUCCAGACUCUCACCCUCCUGGAAGCUGAAAGAACAUUCCCAGGUUCUGCAGGAGCAAGUCAGGCUCUCCCUGCCCAGCCAAGGCACAGUGUGAAGCCACACAUCGUCUGUGCAGCACCUCCUGGCGAGGCCGUGCCACGCCCUGCUCCGUGGUUUGGAACCAGGCAUUUCCAGUGGGGACUGAGGGGGUGGCUGCAGGGCAGAGGUCUGAGGACAGCCCCAGCACAGGGUCUGACCACUGGGACCCCUGGCACUGCCGUUCAUUUGCACCUUGAAAAUGCAAUCCCUGCUGUUUGCUGUGGAUGGCUGGGGUUGCAGAACAGGGAAGCAGCCUUCAUCAUACUUCAGAAUCACAGAACAGCAAUUAAUUCCCAGGGCAAGCACUGCUCAGCACACAAAAUCUGUGCUUUCUGAUGGAAACGGCCAAGUCAGCCAAAUUUGCAAAUCCUGGUAGAAAUUGUAGAUUAAACCUACAGCCCAACUGGAUCCUCCACCGCCGUGAGAGCUGCUUGCUGGGCCCAGCAGAGAGCAGGAGCAGUGCUUCGACACAGCUACACAGUUCCACCUCCAUCGCUGAGGGAAAUGCCGAGAGACAACAGGCAGAGAGAGAACAAUGGGGAAGAAACACAGAGCUGCUGAAAUGGUAC